CGCGAAAUGAUAACCAGCAGUGUUGUUCGUGCGUCUGAAGAACGCAACUUUAAGCCCCGACUGAGGGGGAAACGAAAGUUUGAAAGAUGAAGUGCCUCACACUCUUGAUAAUUUUAGGGUGUUUAUUCGUUGUCAGCGAAUCAAAUCCAGUAAGUGUCUCACGUGUGAAAAGAUCUCAUUCAGAACCCGAAGGAUAUUGGAGCAAAAAGUUAACAUGGAAAGCGAUUUGGGUUAAAGUUUGGAAAACAGAUAAAAAAUUGAUUUGGAAACCCGACUGGAAAAAGAUCCAAAUCCCGAUUUGGAAAGAAAUCCAAGUCCCGAUAUGGAAAGAAAUCCAAGUCCCCGAUUGGAAAGUGAUAAACAAACCAAUUUGGAAAGAAACCCAAGUCCCCGCGUGGAAAGAAAUCCAAGUCCCCGACUGGAAAGAAGUCCAAGUCCCAGCUUGGAAAGAAAUCCAAGUCCCCGACUGGAAAGAAAUCCAAGUCCCCGAUUGGAAAGAAAUCCAAGUCCCCGACUGGAAAGAAAUCCAAGUCCCAGCGUGGAAAAAAAUUUGGAAACCAAUUUGGAAAGAAAUUCAAGUACCCGCAUGGAAAGAAAUCCAAGUUCCCGAUUGGAAAAAGAUUUGGGUACCCGACUGGGUGAAAAUGGGAAUACCUGGAGAGCAUUACUUAGGAAAAGAUCAUCACGGCAACGAAUACACGGCACACGAUGUAUGGAAAAAGAAAUUAAUCUGGAAACCUGUUUGGAAAAAAAUCUGGAGAACCGAAAAGAAACAGAUUUGGGUCCCGCAAAAAAAGAUGGAAUGGAAAGAAGCGUGGGUUCAAGUUUGGAAAACCGAAAAGAAACAAAUUUGGAGAACGGAAAAGAAACAAAUUUGGAGAACCGAAAAGAAACAAAUUUGGAGAACCGAAAAGAAACAAAUAUGGAUUACCAAAAAAGAACAAAUAUGGAGAACAGAAAAGAAACAAAUAUGGAUUCCCAAGAAAGAAUUAAUAUGGAAACAAGAAAAAGUACAGAUAUGGAGAACUGAAAAGAAACAAGCUUGGGUUACCGAGAAAAAACAAUUUUGGAAAGAUGAAUGGAAACAAAUUUGGGUACCCGUUUGGAAAGAAAUUCAAGUACCUGCGUGGAAGAAAGUCUGGAAACCGAUUUGGGAGAAAGUUUGGGUUAAAGUCCAUGUACACCACGGUUGGGACUGAUGAAGUAUCUGUACGUCAUCGUUUCUGUAAAUAGCCUCUUUCUAGUACAAAUACUCUUGUAUAUAAAAACAGGUUCUAGAUAUUUCUUUGUUGACCAACCUUCUAUAUUUUGUUAUUAUAUUUUUAAAUAAAUUACUAAAAUAAGUAAUUAUAA